AUGUCUGGGGAGUUCCAUCCUUGGCGCCUCCCCUCUCCAGGCCUAUGGCUCGACGUCUUCCAAAAAAUCAAAGCUCUGGGUUACAAUGGAGUUUCUUUCUAUGUCAACUGGGCCCUGGUCGAAGGUCAUCCUGGAGAGGUUCUCAUGGAUGAAAUCUUUGACCUCCAGCCCUUCAUAGACGCCGCCGUCGAAGCGGGGCUCUAUCUCAUUGCUAGGCCCGGGCCAUAUGUCAACUCGGAGCUGUCUGGCGGCGGAUUCCCUGGCUGGCUCCAACGAAACAAGGGCGAGUUGAGAUCCAUGGCGCCUGACUAUCUUAACGCUACUUCUACCUAUGUUUCCAAUGUUUUGGAAGUCAUUUCCGCAGCCCAGAUCACGAAAGGGGGCCCUGUCAUAUUGGUCCAGCCCGAGAACGAGUACAGCUUGGCAAACAUACCGAACAUCGCCGAGUCUUAUAAAGUUCUCGACCCAAAGUAUAUGGAAUUCAUGAAGAAGCAGUUCCGGGAAAAUGGUAUUGAACUACCCCUGAUCAGUAACGACGCCUUCCCUUUGGGAAACUGGGCACCCGGAUCUGGCGAGGGGGAAUUGGAUAUCUAUGCUCACGACACAUACCCCCUUUACGGCGGAUGUGGUGACCCAGCGAACUGGACAUCUCUGACCCCAUUAAGUCUUACAUACACCUACCAGAACCAUCUCCAACAAAGCCCGAGUAGCCCGUACUCGAUAUUGGAGUACCAAGGCGGCGCACCCGACCCUUGGGGUGGCGUUGGACUCGAAAAUUGUGCAGCGCAGAUUAACCAAGACUUCGCCCGUGUCUUCCUCAAAGACCUCAUUGGUCGAUCCAUAAAGAUCCUCAACCUCUACAUGACAUUCGGCGGUACAAACUGGGGCAAUAUGGGCCACCCAGAGGGAUACACCUCCUAUGACCAUGGCGCCUCUAUCCGCGAGAACCGCGGCAUCGAUCGCGAAAAGUACAGCGAGGCGAAGCUCCAGGCACAUUGGCUGCAUGUAUCCAAGGCCUACUUGACUUCCGUACCCGAAAACGCUACGACGACGGAAUUUGUCAGCACCCCUGAAUUACAAGUCGUCCCAGUGUCAAGCAACGACACGCGAUUCUAUGUGCUCCGUCAUGUUCAGUACGACACGUUCGAGAGGACGGGUUACAAGCUCACUGUGCCCACGACUUACGGCAAUGUGACGAUUCCAAUGUUGGGCGGUGAGCUGUCCCUCCACGGGCGCGACUCAAAGAUCCACGUCACGGAUUACGACGUCGGUGGCGUCAAUCUGGUUUACUCUUCUGGUGAGAUCUUUACGUGGAAGAAGUAUCAAGAUAAGAGACUGCUGAUUCUAUACGGUGGAGACGGCGAAGAACAUGAGUUUGCCGUACCGUCGUCGUUGGGUGAGCCAACAUUCGAGGACGGGGUCAAUGUGACAAGCUGCGAGAUUGACCGACUGCGUCUUGUUCACUGGAAAGUCCAGGAAUCUCGGCAAGUUGUACACUUUGAGGGUCUAGAGGUUCAUCUUCUUUGGAGAAACGACGCUUACAAGCACUGGGUUGUUGAUCUCCCCGACCUGGCGACGGGGGUCGUCUCGCCAAGGGAGGGUGAAGCUUCUGUCAUCGUCAGAGGACCAUAUCUCGUGCGCAACGCAACGUUCUCCAACAACACUCUGCAUCUGACUGGAGACCUUAACGAGACCACGACGCUGGAGGUCCUCGGCGGCGUACCCGAGAACGCCUGUCUUACCUUCAACGGCCAGACCCUUGUGCCUCUUCGAGGACCUGGUGGACGCAUUGAGGCCGACAUCUCCUUUCACACACCAGACCUCGCACUCCCGGACCUUCAUUCCCUGAAAUGGCAUUCCAUCAACUCUCUCCCUGAGAUCCAACCCGACUAUGAUGAUUCCGCCUGGACACCAGCAUCCCUGACCGAGUCCAACAACCCACGAAAUCUCACAACCCCAACGUCUCUCUACUGCAGUGACUAUGGCUACCACGGCGGCUCCCUCAUAUACCGCGGUCACUUCAUCGCUUCCGGCGCCGAGUCCCUCUUCAACAUCACCACCUCCGGCGGGCAAGCAUAUGGACAUUCGGUCUGGCUCGACAGCACCUUUCUCGGCUCGUUCAAAGGGGACCCUCACGUAUCCAACUUUACCCAAGCAUUCCAACUUCAACCCCUCGAUGCAGGAAGCGAUCACACCUUGACUGUGGUGAUUGACCACAUGGGUAUGCCGAUGAACUUCUACGUUCACUCUGAGGCGAUGAAAACGCCUCGCGGGAUCCUCGACUACUCUCUCGCCGGACACCAGCAGUCUGACAUCAAAUGGAAGUUGACCGGAAACUUCGGAGGCGAGGAGUACGUUGACAAGACGCGAGGGCCCCUGAAUGAGGGAGCGAUAUAUGCGGAGCGGCAGGGGUACCAUCUUCCCGGCGCACCGUCGUCGAACUGGACGUUCGCGUCCCCCUUGGAGGGUAUCACGAGCGCGGGCAUCCAAUUCUAUACGACAACAUUUGACUUGGACAUGCCGGCUGGGUACGAUAUUCCGCUUAGCUUUGUGUUUGAGAACGUAACGAACGAGGGGAAGCCGGCGAUCUUCCGAGCGCAGCUCUUUGUGAACGGGUAUCAAUUUGGUGAAUACGUCAACCAUCUCGGCCCGCAGACCCGCUUUCCCGUUCCUGAGGGGAUAUUGAACUACAAUGGCGUGAACACGGUUGCAAUUACUUUGUGGGCAUUUGAAGCGACGGGAGCUCGCCUUCAGGGCUUCCAAAUCUCAGCGGACCAUGUCAUUCAGUCGGGCUAUCGGAAGCCGGGCCAGACGAAACAGCCCGGCUGGGAGACGAGACCUGGGGCUUAUUGA